UGUGCACAGCGGUGAACUUCCUCACCUGUCUCAUUUUACAAGCAUCGCGAUUGAAAGAGUUUCUUUUGAAAUGUUGAACUAAAGGACAAUAGAAAUCUGAAAAAGAAAAUAUGGCUGGAGCCGUGGACAAACAGGACCCAGAUUCAUUGGACUCCGAACCGGUUUUUGGAGGUCUAGGACGCUGUUCCUGUGCGUUUUGGCUCGCCGUUGCCUUUGACAUAUUCGGUUUGCUGAUUCUUAUGCUUGGAGUGUUUCUGGACAUAUUUUUCUACGAUUUUCUCAUUUAUGCUGGAGCGAUCAUUAUCUUCCUAAGUCUUAUAUGGUGGGUGUUUUGGUACACGGGAAACAUUGAGGUUCCACCGGCGGACCUGGAGGAUGACAUUGGUCUGUUGAAGAAGAAAGGGAUUGCUGGUGUGGUGAGGCGAUUCUCCAGUCGCCUGACUAAUGGCAUAAGUCAGUCUUUCAGAAGGAAAGGGGGGCCUCAGAGUCAAAGUGGAGCAUCUCGAAUGAAAAGUGGUCGCGCGGCUGGACAAGGCGCUCAGCAAGUUCCGGUGGCUGUUCCCAUGGGUUCUGAAGAAGAUGUACACACCGUGUCUGCAACUGUUGAGGGAGAGGUACCCGUGCCAGAAAAUACAACGGAAACAUCCGCUAUAUGAAGACUUCAACCAACUCAUUUAUGAGAUAAGACUGAAGAAGGCCCGUCAAAGGUUUUUGUUUACUUCAGGGACCUGACUUCUUACUUUUCUCUUGAAUUUUUAAUGAUGUUUACAAGAUUGUGACACCUUUCUCCUGCCCAGGGGAGGCUGGAAUCAAUUCUACUGCCUUAAUUCUUGGGAAAUGAACGUAGCCUACAAACAUAUGGGGACACUAAUAAUAAUAAUAAUAAUAAUAAUAAUAAUAAUAAUAGGCUAAUAAUAAUAAUAUAAUAAUAAAAGAAGAGGAAUCAGAAUUUCACUUUGUGUGUCCUGAAUGUGCCAUAAAGGAAUGGAUCUUUCCUGUGUACCUGCUGCAAGAAGCUGUAUUCCCUCCACACCUUGUGACCUUUGGUCAGGCGGGGGAUUUUACAGAGUACCUGCCGCUUCCUCUUAUCACUGUUUGUUUUCACUAUCUUCACCUGUACCUGAGAGCUCAUGUUUUUCUGUUAGAGCCAGUCAAGUGGGCCUACAGUUUUGAAUGUACAGAUUCAUAUUUUUUUGUUUUGUAAUAAAAUGUUUUUUUUAUUCA